CAGGGCAGUUAACUUGACGAUUUGCAAUUGAUCACACUUGGCGUGUAUACCUUGUAAACAUUGUUUUCCCUAACCCAUCAGUUGUUCGAUUUGAGAAGAUAAUGCGAUCUUGAUUGUUGGUGUUAGAGAGAAUACUUCAAACAAUGUUUCUGUAAACGGAUUGAUGAUUAUUUACUAAUAUGUUUAAAAUGUAAAUACGACAUACGAAAGUUAGCAAUGGAUACACAAAGGCGGCGUUACAAGAAAAACCCUGGAUCUGGUACUGAAGGAUACUUAAACCAGCUUCGACUUUCGACGUUGUAUUUCUCUCGCCUAGCUGCUAGUGGCAAUCGAUUUGAGAUAGGUGUGGAAGUAGCAUUGGCUGGAAAAUUCGACGAUAUAGUAAUGCAUCUGUUAGAUGUGGAUCAGUAUUGCUUGGUGCAGGCUAAACAUAAGCAAGACGAAUCGAAGCGCAUCAUUAUGGAUGAUCUACUGAAAACGACUACCGAAUAUAGUUUGCCGAAAUAUUUUGAUUCGUUUCUCGGGCUGAAGCAAGAAGAAAUGUUCCAGGGUGAACGCCUUAAGUACAUUGUUAUCUACACCAACCUCAAGCUGGACGAAAACGUCAUGAAAGUAAUCAAUCCCGUUGAACCAGCAACGGACGAGUUUCUUCGCACGCUAAACGUACGCUGCAGAGGCAAAGAAUCGUCGCUCUAUCGCUUCAAUACUGAGUGCACUGACUUUAUUGAGCAGUUAAUUGAUCGCAUUUCGCCAAUCUGUGAGGUUGCGCGAAAAUUAGCCGAACAGUUGAUUCAGCGUAAAAAAAUAUCGAUAAAUCCCAAUGGUAUAUUUCACGAAUUUCAUACAUUACUUGUACGCGACGUAUUUGACAUAGAACGGCAAUUGUUUCGAGAAACGUUUCUUGCGGAUGAUAAAAGCAUUUGUCCGUACGUAAAAAAGUUUAGAUUUUUGCUUGAGCGAACGCUACGAUCUAUUUUGAAAUGCGAUGAUUUUUGCAUUAGUGAUCUUAAUAGAACAAUAGUCAGUGGAAAGCUGAAGCUACUCUUUGAACCAGGGUUCUUAUGCAAACCCAUGAACCAAGGCAUAGCAGUAAAGGAUUGGAGAGACUACAGAGUGCAAAGAGAAGAAGUGAUACAUUUUUUCGACCAUCUCCUACUAGCCACAGACCAGCCAAACUUUAUUGAGCUGGAAGCAAUAACAAAAGUGGAAGUGUUUGGGUUAAAAGAACAAGUGGAUGAGUAUAUGCGCGCAGUGUUCGAUCAAGUGGAUCGGUGGAUACGAGAUACGGAGGGACAGUUUCUUAAUGGCGAAGACUGGGAACGAAUUUGUAGUAAUUCACGUGCUCGUAUUGCGGGUAAAAAGUGGUUACUCAAAUCGGAAGAGUAUCAAAAAUCAAAUCCGGCAACAGGGUACGUGUUUGAACGAAAUACCCUUCUUGCUCCUAUAGAACAGUUUUUGGCUACAUCGAAAAAUCAUAAUAUGCUAGUAAUAGCUGCAUAUAAUGCUGAAGUGAGCGCUUCCAGAGUGCUACAAGCAUUGAUGACGUUGCAAGAACAGUUUGUAGUAUUUGAUGCACAUUUUCACGAUUUUGAAGAACUUGAAUGCUGUACACUAUUUUUGAAAAACAUGUCUCGUAAGGUAAUAGUGAUCGUGUCUAAUGAAAAGUGUUGUCGUUCAGCUAUUAGAAAUGUAUGGCGUAAGUUUGAUGUACUGACCAAUUUGAAAGCUAUCUACAUUGCUUGUGAUGUACAGAAGGAGUUUUUUUCUGAUAACUUCAAGUAUGUACAUUGCGAUCGGUUUGAGCUACGCGACAUGAGCCAACAAUCGCGUCAAAAGUUGCUUGAAAAGAAAAUUGUACUACAACAUCGUGAAGUUCGUUUAAGUGAUUUGUUGUCCGAGGAGAAUGCACUACGUCUUUUCGACAUGGAGUUCAUUUCUCAGUUGCUAAUGAAUCAGGUGGAUCCUAUAGCGUACAGUUUUAAGUAUCAGUGUCAACUUAAGGGGCAAUACUUUGCUCGAAAACUGGCUAGUAAUAACAGCGUAGUAGAUGAAACAGAAUUUGAUCAGCUUUUAACUAACAAUAGGGCAGUGAUAUUAUCGAAUGUUCCAGGCAUGGGAAAAACUACCUUCCUGCAAAAGUUCAUCGAUCGUUUAUUUACCACCCUACCAGAUCAUGUCAUAUGUCUUAUGCAUUUAAAGUUUUACACCGAAACUCUAGAAGAAAUUACAAAAUUGAACGCCAGUACACUCAGUGUGGAAGAUGCCGUAAAACACGUUACUAAGUGUUUUUUUGCCGCGAGUACUCGUUUUGGACAAGUACUGUUUCGUAAUGCCAUCCUAAAUACUGGGAAAUUGAUCGUAUUGGUUGACGGAUAUGACAGUGUCAUUAAUCGCUACAGAAUUUCUGUCGAAAAGGCAUCUCAGCUGUUUCUCCAACAUCCUUUUCGCAUGCGAAAUCUAUUGAUCGCAACACGACCUCAUGAAACAGAUCAUUUACGAGCAGCGCUACCUCAAGCACAAAUCGUGUCGUUACUACCUUUCGACGAACCACAGUGCGUUGCUUUUUUAACCAGAUGGUGGAACUUCGAUAGUUAUUCAGCCGCCGUGAACUUACUUCAGUACUUGCGUUCUAGAUACACUGAUUGGAUCGUGGGAAAUCCAUUUCAGAUAAAACUUUUAGCUGAAAUAUACGAAGAAGAUAAAACAAUAAUAGCCAAUUUUGGUGCUCUACUAGAACGUUAUUUGGAGAAACAGUUUUAUGAAUCAAACCAACGUGCCAUACAGGUAAUGGGCAUCGGGCAACAACGGAUGGCUGCCGAAACGUUGAAACAAGCGGCUCACGAUGGGCAUUGUGAAGUUGCUGCAUUACUCACCUUUCACCCUGAGCAAACGAUCGACAUGUCGAAAUUUGGAUUCCUGCUUGAUAUAGGAUUAGUGGUGCUUGAGGACAAUUUGCUGAGGUUCGAGCACCGUUUAUUUCGGGAUUAUUUUGCUGCAGAAGCCUUGAUGCAAGGCAUAAUGGUCGCUUACGGUUCUCAGCAGUUAAGGCAGAUUUUAGAAGAUCCACAGAAUGGAUACCUUAGUAAGCUUCUGAUGUAUCAUCUGGGUAAAACAAAAAAUGCACACUAUCGCGAGCAUUUCCGGAACUUUUCAGUCAUUCAAGGACAACGUAUCACAUCCGGCAACCGUUAAUCAAACCAAAGACAAAUGAGUACAUAAAUUUUAGCUCCCUUCGUCUCGCUCACCUACAUGCUAUGACUUUAUACUACUAGUGCGCCAACAAAGUAGGAUGUGGUAUUCCAAGUACUAUUUCGUCGGAAAGGAUGAUCAAUAAACUGUAUAAAGAAAUUUUCAUGUCCUUCUUAAUGGCAACAUCAAUCAUUUCGAAAGGAAUUUUCUAAUUACAUCGCUCUACGUGUACCGGCAAUUAGUGCACAAAUGCAUACUGAGCAUGGAUGAAAAUAGAUAACGAAAAGAGAAAGGCAUAAGCAAAUUGGAGGCACAGAGACAGGAUGUAGCCCUACAGUGUCGAAAUGGUGUGUUGUAUGACUGCAGCGGAUCUGAGAAGGUAUGCAGUUAUCACUGUACAGUAGUUUCUAGAAGCUUCUUCGAGGUUAUCGGUAAGGUGAAUUGUUGUUCUCAUUAAGAGCAUUGCUCACACAAUGCAGCAACAACAGUUAAUACUUUGAUAAAUUAUGUCGUUAUUUAUACGAUAAACGACUGAAGUUGUCUAGAAGGAGAAAUUCAUUAUCGGGUAAAAAAUCAAGUUAUGAUAUAUCUUUGUAUCGUAUAAUUCGUAAUAAUGUCUUAAGUAAGGAAAAGUGACAUGAAACGAAUAACACAUUUUAAUUGGACAUGAAAUCGGUUGACGUGUUAUUUGCAGUCCUAUCAUAAUGAAAAUUUAAAUUGCGCUGAUGAAUACAACGGCUACGCCACAAUUAUAUACAUAGAUACAAAAAUAUUCAUAAAGUAAAAGUUUUCAAACCCAUAAGUUAAAGUAAACAUAUACGUAAAUAUCCAUAUAGUAUACAUAUCCAACAAUCCAUUGAAAAUGAAGAAGAUGCAAUUCCGCCCCGUGCUCAUAGACUUGAGACGGGGAAUCAGAUCCCACGUUCUUCCUAGGCUUGCAAAGGUUGAAAACCACUGACUGACACUAACAACAUAGCGAUACAGAGUUCAUUCCCCUUAUGGACCUAGCCUCAUACGUAUAAUUUAUCAAACAAUUGCAUCAAACAAUGAGAAGCAGGGGAAGACGGAUUGAUUUAUUUUAUGUAUAAAAUUUAGCAAUACAAUCUCCACGUAGGCUGUAACUAUCAUAAGCAAAUUUAUAAUAAAAUGAGAUAGGGGCAUUGAUUCAUGUCCAU